AUGAGUAUAUCAUUUAUCUCCUCAACAGUUGCUAUUGUUCCUUUUUACCGAUCGCUUUACUUGAGAGCAAUGCUCAAAAUCCCUGUAUUAUGCAUUUCACACCAAUGUGCUGUAAUACUAGUUCCUAGAGGGUUAUCUUCCGGAUAUCGUUGGGAGAAUCAUGUCAUACUCAUACGUGGAACCAUAAAACAUAAUUCUAAUGAAAAAAUUGAUACUGCAAAAACGGUUUUCAACGGAGUUGGAACAAUAACUGAAAUAUUUAAACCCUUCGUACCAUAUAUUGAUAUCAUAUUAAGUGCUGCAAAUGCUAUAAUUAAAAUUUAUGAAGAUGCUAAAUACAAUAAAAAUAUUUGUUUGGUAUUUGUAGAACGAAUGAGGAUUGCUAAAUACAUUAUCGAAAGAUUGACAACUUCUAAAGAAUCUAAUAUAGAAAAGUUUCAAGAUCAAGCUUUUCUAGAUGCUCUUGUAAAAUUUAGUAAUAUUGUUCGUAGUAUAAAAAAAUUUGUUUUAGAUGUUUCCCAAAUGAAUCAAAGAAAGAGGUUUUUUAACGCAACUGAAAUCAGGGAAAAUAUUGAUAAACUUAGACAAGACUUUAAUGAAUCAAUGAACGAUUUACAGUUUUCAAUGAUUGCUAACCAAAUGAUUGAUAAAGUAGAUGAAAAUAAAAAAAUUGAAAAAGAUCUUAAUACGAUGCAACAGUAUUUAGAAAAAAUAUUAGAUUGCGUAGAAACCACUGCUGAACAUGUACAAAAAAUUGCUAUCGCAAAUGAAGUGCUCAAUAACGAUUCUAAGAGUAAUGUUUGGAUCACAUUUAAAGCUCCACAGAUUGCUCCUAAAGAAAUUACUGAUCCUAGAAGAGGCGCAUCCCAUGGAAAAGUUAAGAAAAAGGUUUAUCUAGCAAUGGAAGUCGCUUGUAAACCAUUCGAGAUUUUAAAUAAUGAUUCACCACAGUAUCACAAACAGCAAGGUCGCCUUGCUAUAUUAAAUGAAUUACAACGAUGUAGAUAUAUUAUUAAGUUUCAUGGUAUUUCAAAUGUGGAUGGUCAAACUGUUUUGGUCUAUGAUUGGGCUGAUAAAGGAAACUUGAAAGAAUAUUAUUCAGCAAAGCCACUUUUAUGGAAAUCAAAGCUUCAAAUUGCGCGUGAUAUUUGUCAUGGUCUCAAUUUUCUGUGUUAUGUGGGUGUUCUUCACCACGAUGUUCGAUGUGAAAACAUUUUGCUAACUGAUAGAUUAGAACCUAAAAUAACAAAUUUUGAACUUUGCCGUAAAACGGGACAAGAAACAACUUAUAUCGAUAAUCCUAUUGAAAUGUUUCCUUGGAUGGCUCCAGAGAAGAUGAAAGGUGAAUCGUACACUCAUAAAUGUGAAGUUUAUAGCUUUGGUAUGUUGCUUUGGGAACUUGCAUACCAAAAGGUUCCAUAUGAAAAAAUUCAUCCUAAACAAUCUAUUAGAAAUUAUGUGAUUGAAGGUGGCAGAGAAAUUUUUAAACAUAAACUUGGUGCAUUAUGUAUUCCUAAAGCUUAUACUCAAAUAAUUGCAGAUGCAUGGCAAGGAAAUCCUAUAUAUCGUCCAAACUUUCAAGUCUUGCUUGAAGACUUAGAUAAAUUAUGUAAAAAAUAUGACUCUACCCAUGCUGGUGACUCAGCUCUUGAAAUAGUUUCUGAAGAAACUAAUUACUUGGGGUCUGAAAGUUCUACAAACUCUACAGUUCGUCCCGUAAUUCCUUUUGAAGAAGGUGUUCGUGCUCACAAAGAUCACAAUAGACAAAAGGCUUGGGAAUGUUUUCGUAAACAUGCUGAUCUUGACAAUCCAACUGCAAUAUAUUGGAAAGGUUAUUAUUAUUUAGAAGGAUAUGUUGUUGAGAAAAAUCAGGAAAUGGCUAACAAAUUGUUUAAAACUGCUGCUGAUAUGGGUGAUACGAGAGCACAAGUUCGUUAUGCACUUUCUCUUACUGAUGAUUUGGCUGAUUUUCGUGCAAAUAAAGAAAAAAGAGAUGAAUUUAUUAAAUAUUUAAACAUGGCUGUUAAUGGUGAUGAUUCUGCUGCUAUGUGGCAUUUAGGUGAUACAUAUUAUAAUGGAAAACUCAACUUUGAAAAAGACAAAGCUAAAGGUAUUGAAUAUAUUAGAGAUGCUGCUUUAGGAAACUUUUCUAAAGCUGUUGAAUUUGUGAAAAAAUUUAAUAUUGAUUUGCUUCAAAAUGAAUCUAAUAAUUAG